AUGCCGAACGUGGUGAACGCAACGCUCCUGGCGGAACUACAAAGGUACCGUGACGCCUAUGGGGGUCAAUUGCCCAAUGGUAAAGCCGCAGCAGGGGCGGGGGACAACCCCAUACCACCUGGGGUGGGUCAGAAUCCGCCACCACCGCCACCACUCCCGGCAGCGCCUGCAGUGGUGCACGCCCCAGGCCCCAACUAUUGGGACAUGCUGAGACAUAUGAAGAGUAUGCAGACGGAGUUUUUCAAUGGAAAGGCCGAUGCAAUUGUCGCGGAUAACUGGAGACGUCAACUUGAGAGGAACUUCGCUUCUGCAAGGUGCCCACCGGAGUUCCGUAGGGAUCUGGCUGCCCACUAUCUUAAGGACGACGUGCUAGUGUGUUGGGACGAAGUGGUCGAAAGGGCACACGGGAUACGACUGACCUGGGAUGACUUCCUGGAAGCAUUCAAUGGGAAGUAUUUUCCCUUGGAAGCUAUGGACGCAAUGGAAAGCAAGUUUCAGGACAUCCGUCAGGGGACAAGGAACGUGAGAGACUACGGAGAUGAGUUCAACCGACUUCGGAGAUUUGCGGGCCACUACCUGAGUGAUCAUGACUUAAUCCACCGGUUCCUCAAAGGAAUGAGGGUAGAACUGAGGAACAGCUGCAACGUGCGGGACUACCGUGAUGUCCAUGAACUGAUCAAGAAAGCCGCAGAACAAGAAUCACGGCUCGAGGAGGAGCGGAGGCAGAACAAGACCUCCCAGAACCGGGGUGCCAAACGGCCCCGAGAUGCACUGCCCACGGCCGAGCCUGCCCCGGCAAGGCCCCCAUGCGAAAGGUGUGGACGGUACCAUGUAGGGGAGUGCAGGGCGGGAGCAUGCUACAACUGCGGCGAACGUGGCCAUAUGGCGAGGGAAUGCCCGAAGGAGAAACGAGGCCAUCGCAGACGCUGUUACCACUGCGGUCAGGUGGGACAUCUGUCAUGGGAUUGCCCAACACUACAAGGAGAGAAUGCGGUAGGGGCGCAACCCCAACAGCAGAGAGGACAAGCCGCAAGGCCAAGAGCGUACGCCGUCGAGGGUCGCGAAGGAGCCGAACCAAUCGCGGGGUCUGUCGCGGUUGGGGGAGUGAUGGCAUUCACUCUCUUCGACAUUGGGGCAACUCACAGUUUUGUAAGCCCUAAACUUACACGUGAGUGGAACUUUAAGGGGAACUUCAACACCAUGGUGACGGGAGUUGAGACUGCAAGGACAGAGAAAAAGGCCACGAGGGGAAGAUAUGAGGAGGUACCAGUGAUCCUCGCAGGAGUGAACUUACCCGGAGACUUGCUGGAACUAGAACUGGGGCGUUACGAGGUGAUAUUGGGAAUGGAUUGGCUAGCACAGCACGGAGCUGUAGUCCAGUGUACCAAGGCGUGCGUUAGGAUUCCGCUUGAUGGGAGGCAAAUCGUGUACAGAGGAAUGAGAACUAAGACCGGGAUAUUCGUGGUAUCGAUGGCCCAUGCCGAAGAAGCAAUCCGGAAAGGAGGAGAAGCCUUCCUAGCCACUAUAGAAAUGGUGGGGGAGACCGAAGCGCCAGAUCUGAGAAGUAUUCCUGUAGCGACAGAGUAUGCAGAUGUGUUCGAACCACUACGCGGUCCCCCACCUCAUCGGAAUAAUGCCUUUACGAUUGAGCUAGAACCCGGAACCGCCCCGGUCUCCAGGGCCCCCUACCGAUUGGCACCGGCAGAGAUGGCCGAACUUAAGAAAUAA